AUGCAAGGAGUCUUGCUCGCCGUUCUGUAAGUGCUUUUUAUUUCUCAUUGACUUUCAUACGGUAUGCAAAGAGUUGACGUUAUGUGCAGCUGGGAAUUUGACAUUUUAUGAGGAACUUGGAGCAUUUUAGAGGUAUUUUUGGAGAAUGUGGAAAUUAUCAACGGUUAAGGAAAAAUACAUGGCUCCUGGGCCGGGCCGAACAAAAUUUGGGACGGCCGGGACCGGUAAAUUGAGCAUAAAAAAAUAAAUUGUAGCAUUGGUAUUUUCAUAAAGUGCAUGGCCAUUUGCUCUCUUUUGGACAGUGGAUUUUGAACUUGUCGCUAAUUUCGCACAGUGCAAAGCAAGAAAAGCCGGCUGCACUGUAGCAUCCGUUGCUUAUCAAGUUCUCGAAAAAUCCAAAGUGUACCUUCUGAGAAGUACAUCAAUUUUUCAAAUUCUUGUUUUAUCAGUCUGUCGGGAAAAUAACGGCGGAUUGUCGCGCCUCGGAAUCGCCCUUUAUCGCUUUGCGACUUCAAGCCGCGGCUGGGGAUUUGGUGCGCGAUAGCGGCGAGGCGAGACAUUUUGGUGCGACGAUGCGCCGUUAUUUUCCCGACAGACUGAUAUUAAUCCAUUCGCAAACUCGCUGGAGUGAAUUCCGCGACAUGCACUGUACGAAAACAAAAGUUUUCCUUGCACUGUGCAAUAGGCUUUUUUCGGGUGUUGCUCGCGCCUUGACUUUUUCUGGACAGUGUAAACACUCAAAAUUACUUCAGCGACUUUACAAAGGACUAUCAGUCUGUCGGGAAAAACUGAAAGUCAAUUUGAUUUUGCCGCAACACAAUUCAUUUCCUCUGCGGUGAUGAGAUAGAUUUUUGAUGCGAUAGAGUGCUCAUUAUUUUCCCGACAGACUGAUAAUUUUUCGGCGCUGCUUGAAAAGCAUAAGCCGAAAUUUUGACAUUUUGAAAAUCAUCCUUUACUCAUUAUUUUCGCAUUAUUUCCUCUAAAUCCAAAAGGCACCCUCCUCAUCAGUCUUUCAGAUUUUUGUGUUACAAAAGUCAUAACUAAUUUCGCCUUUCCAGAAACCGUAUUUCCGCAAAAAACAUUUGUUUCCAGCUGUAGAAAGUUCAAGUGUUUGUUUUCCCCCAACAAUCUUGUUUUUGACUGUAAAGAUUCUUGCAAAACCAGGAUUUGUUUGCAGGAUUGUCAUAGCAUCAUGUCUCAUGCCGGCAACGGCACGCAGCGUGCAUUUGCGUGAGUUCCUGGCGGCUCGUCACCUGUUCCCGCCCGAGGAGGCGAAUCCGUUGACGAGGCGCUCCAUCGACAUCAGCGAUCUGGAGGAUGCGCUGGAAACAGAGCUGAAGGUAAAGGAGAAUUUACAGAGGAGUUUUUUAUAAAUUUUGUGCACAAAUUGGGCCCAGGCCACAAGUCAAUUAGUGAAAAUCUUAGCUCGCCCUUUACAAGGGCAGUGGAAAUAUUCAAUAAUCUUUUAGGCCGAGAGAGUACGAAAAAUGCGGAGAGCGGUCAGAGAGAAAAACACUUUCUGGCCGUAUCUCUGCGAAUUUCAUCCGGAAAAAAUUGAUUUUUUGUGGAAACAUUACCCUCUAUAGUAGAAUUAGGCAUGCAACGUUUCAUGCCAGAAUUCGAAAAAAAGUUUCAAAUUUUUACCAAACAUAGGAUACGAAAAUUUCAUAUUUUGUCUUCGAAAAUCCAAAAAUGUAAAGCGCGAGCUACUAGUCGUUCCAGAAAGUGAGUGCACUUUUUUUCGCGGCGCACAGUGCAUUUUUCUUCUUUUUGCACUGUGCAAUUGUCGUCGCGCGCCCAAAAUGCGCGGCGACAGAGUUGAAAAAAGCUUAUGUCGCUGCGAUUUUUGAAUUGCACGGUGCAAAAGGUCAAAUGCACAGUGCGGAAAAUUUGCGACGAAAGGUGCACGCACUUUCUGGAACGCCUAGUAGAAAUCUCGCAUUGUUUCAUAGAAAAAUUUUACUUUAAUUUUGGUUUGUUUCGUCCAAAUCUGAACGCCUUGGAAUUUUUCGCUAGUAAAAAAAUUAGGGGAUUUUGUCAUCACCGGGAUUAAAAAAAAGACAAAGUGUUAAGUCUGUAUAAGCCAUAGCUAAAGAGGAUUUAAGAUUGUUUCCACGUAGGCAACCUGAGAAUGAGGCAAAAUACGUUCUACAUUUGAUGUCAUCGCUUCGAGUAACUCACAAGGGAAGUACUCCAAGUGCGACGCUCAGAUUUUCAUUAAAUUUGCACACACGUCGGUUAUGAACUAAAUAUCAAUUCCUGAAAGUUUUAGCUCGCGCUUUGCGCGAGCUCCGCCGAGAUAUCGAACGAUUUUUGCCGGGAGAGAGCACGCUAAACGUGGAGAGCGGUCAGAGAGAAAAGCGCUUUUUGGCCAACUUCGGCAGUUUCGUGCGGAAAAAUUUGAUUUUUUGUAGAAACAUUAUCCUUUACGGUAGAAAUAGGUAUGAAACUUUUCGUGCCGAAAUUCGGCAAAAAGUCCUAAAUUUUCGCCGAUUUUCGAUCUAAAAAUCUCGGUUGUUUCUGCAAAGCGCGAGCUAGGAUUAUCGCAUAUAUCUUAGAAAAAAAAAUUCUAAAUUUGUGCCAAGUUUCAUCAAAAUCUGAGCGUCGCACUUGGAGUACUUCCCCUGUCAGAAAAACGAAAAAUUAGAGCCGCAAAAGAGUAGAAUUUCCAAAAUUCGACCAAAAAAUCACAAAUUACUUAUUUCCUUCCAGGUCCGUCCAAUCACCCGCUCCAUAAUGCUGAAUGAAUCUCCCAUUUCCGCAGCGCAACGGGAGCACCUGAUCCGAUUGAACAAACCCUAUCCAACGCUGCGGGCGUCCUCGUUCGUGGAUCGGAACCUGGCACAAGCCAUGAAAAGCAUCUUGCUCCGCAUCCAAUAA